AUGCUAUUUCGAGUUUCUCAUACGGACGUCGCAGAAACCGCACACACACGUGCCACUCCCGGCAAACUCGCCAAUCCUGACGAGGAUUGGACCAAGAUUUCCGAUCUUGCUGAGCGUCGCAGGAUUCAAAACCGUAUUGCCCAACGCAACUACCGCAAAAAGCUGAAGCGUCAAGCAGAAAACACCCCAACAUGCAACAGUCCCGAUUGUUUCAAGUCAAACCCGAAGUCCCCAACCAAGACGCAGAAGAGGCGUACCUUUGUAGGGUCCAUUAAGCAGCCCAAUUGCUCUUCUCAACUGCACGCUGACAACGGGUUUCGAUUACAGCAAUUCCCCCUUGACUUCUGCGAAAGUUCGAGUGCCGGUGCCAAUCCAAUUUGGCUCAGUCAGGUUGAUGAUUCAUUCGAUCAUCUAAUCGAUCCAUCUCCUUGUCAAGGACGGUUGCUCGACUUUGCAGCCUCCAAGCCAUACCCGAAUGACUUCAUAGCCGCAGAUCCAGCCAAAUGGUGCUCGAUAUAUCAUCACCUUGACGGCAAACCAGAGUAG